CUUCCACUCGUAUUGCAGCCGGUAGGUGUCAUUGAAUGCAGCCACACGGACUGUGUAGAAGUCUCGUUUGUUUCGGCUUGUCUUAAACAGGUUCGAUGUCUGGACAGGUGUUAACUCGGUGUGUGAGCAGGACUCUGCUGUCAGCAUCUGGAGCUAAAUGCGUCAGAUCCAGAGGGACAAAUCGAAACUACUGGACACAUCUGAGGAGAAACACUGCAUCUCUGACUCGUGGAGGUGCUGCAGUCCUUCUUGGGGUUCCCACACUCUCCUGUCUUCUGUAUGAAGCUCAUCACAGAGUGCAGCUCUCAGCAGUUGUCCACGCCUUAGAAAAAGAUGAGGUUUUGGAGCAGGCUGAUUACCUGUACGGCUGUGCAGAGACAGAGAAGCUGUACCAGCUGCUGCUACAGUACAAGAACAGUGAUGAUGCAGAGUUUCUGUGGAGACUCGCCCGGGCGUCUCGUGACCUCUCUCUGCUGCCUGACAUGGAGGCUGAUCGGAAGAAGCAGCUCGUGUACGAGGCCUUUGAGUAUGCAAAGAAAGCGCUGGAGAAAGAUGAUGACAGUUUCGCAGCACACAAAUGGUAUGCAAUAUGUAUUAGUGACGUCGGAGAUUACGAGGGAGUCAAGGUGAAAAUCGGAAAUUCUUACAUCAUCAGACAACACCUGGAGAGAGCCAUUGAGCUCAACCCCAAAGAUGCCACCUCCUUACACAUUCUGGGUUACUGGUGCUUUGCGUUUGCUGAGCUGCCGUGGUAUCAGCGCAAAGUGGCUGCAGUUAUUUUUGCAUCACCACCAACGUCGUCAUACGAGGAGGCGUUGGAGUUUUUCCUGAAAGCUGAAGAAGUUGAUCCAAACUUCUACAGUAAAAACAUGCUGAUGCUCGGUAAGACCUACCUGGCCAUGAAGGACAAUGAGAAAGCUCUUCUGUGGCUAUCCAAAGCGAAGGAGUAUCCUCCUCACACACAGGAAGACAAAGAGGUCCAUAAGGAAGCCGUAGAUCUCCUGAAGAAGCUGGGAUGAAGCUGUGACGACCACUCAAUGAUAUUUUUGCCUUUAAAGAUUUCUGUGCUGUUAAUAAUCUCUAAAAAAAAUACACUUUGUAUGAUCUUGUAAUUACUGUAAUAAAGUAGAACUAAAUUAUCUUUA